CACAUCCCCGCUGCCGCCGGGUCCCGGCGGGCGUCGCGUCCCCCCCGCGCCGCCGCCGAGGAUGCUGAAGAUGAAGCUGCCCCUGAAGCAGACGAGCCAUAAGGCAGCGGCGGCGGAAGAUGCGACGACGGCGGGGUUGAAGGAACCCGGCGGUGCUCUGGACUGUCACCUCCCGCUGCAGCAGCAGGUGCCCCGGGCCCGCGGGGGCGCCGCGGCGGCGGCGGGGAGGGGGUGUGGGCUGGAGAGGCCGAGCCGGCUGCACGGGCUGGGGCCGGGGCCUGGGCCCGGCCCGCCGCCCCCCCCCGCCUCGCUGGGCGCUCCGGGCGGCGGCGGUCCCGGCUCGGCGGCCGCCCGCACCGACAAGGAGACGGUGUACGAGUGGUUCGGGCUGGUGCUGGGCUCGGCGCAGCGCCUGGAGUUCAUGGUGGGGCUGCUGGACCUGUGCAAUCCGCUGGAGCUGCGAUUCCUGGGCUCCUGCCUGGAGGACCUGGCCCGCAAGGACUACCACUGUCUCCGCGACUCGGAGGCCAAGGCCAACGGGCUCAGCGACCCCGGGCAGCUCGGCGACUUCCGCGACCCCGCCGUGCGCUCCAAGCUCAUCGUCUACCUGGCCCUGCUGGGCUCCGAGAACCGCGAGGCCGCCGGCCGCCUGCACCGCCUCCUGCCCCAGGUGGACUCCAUCCUGCAGAGCUGUCCGGCGGCGCGGCGGGCCCCGGCCGAGGAGGAGGAAGAGGAGGAGGAGGAGGAGGACGUGGUGGUGGUGAUGGACGGGGCCGCGGAGAACGGGCAGGCCGGGCUCCCCGCCGCCCAGGGCCUGGGCUGCGGCGCGCAGGAGGAGCUGCUCCUGCUCUUCACCAUGGCCUCGCUGCACCCGGCCUUCUCCUUCCACCAGCGGGUCACCCUGCGGGAGCACCUGGAGCGGCUGCGGAGGGCCCUGUGCGGGGACCAGGAGGAGGAGGAGGAGGGCUUCGGCCGCCACCCAGCCCAGAAUGACUUUUCCCAUGGUGACUGCAUGUCAAGUAAUGAGACCAGUUUGCUAGAACGAGCCACAGCACCUCAUGAUGGACUCCCCAUGGCUUCCCAUAGACCUCAGCGAGAAGCUGUACACAUUGAGAAGAUAACCCUGAAAGACGUAUCAAGAAAAAGGGCUGACAAACAUUUGGAGUACACAUUCAAAGUAACCUGGUCCGAUUUUUCAGUAACAUGUGUAACAAAAACACAUCAGGAGCUUCAGGAAUUCCUGCUAAAACUCCCAAAGGAACUGUCUUCUGAAGCAUUUGACAAGACUAUUUUAAGAGCACUAAAUCAGGGUUUUCAGAAGAGGGAAGAACGAAGGCAUGCUGAUCUUGAGCCCAUAAUCAGGCAGCUAUUUUCAAAUACAUCACAAGCUUUUCUGCAGAAUCAGAGAGUAUACAACUUCUUCCAAUCGAUUUCAUCAGAAUCUUUGCACACUCACAGUAACUUACAACCCUCUUUGAAGACGGUUAAGACAGCAGAACACUUCAAGGAGGACAGUUCAGAAGCUUCAAGUCAGGAGGAAGAUGUAAUGCAACACACAGCAGUUCACAAGAAACAUAAUGGAAAAACUCCUGUUGCCAACAGCACUAGCAGUACAAAAUGUUCUUCACUGGAUAGCCUUAACAUACAGCACUCAGAGCAGAAUGGGGUAAUGGACUGGAGAAGGAAAAACUGUAUUGUCCAGCAGCACCCAGAGCACUGUACUAACCUACUUGACCAGCACACAGUGGAAAAACGAAGUCUGUCUACAGUAAGCAAGAAGAAAGGAAAGCCACAGCUGGAAAAGGAGAAAACAAAGAAAACUGACUGCAGGUUGACUAACAGGAGCAAUGGAGUUCGAGUUGCAGCAUCACAGCACAUCCGUACUGGGACAGCAAAAGAUCUGAAUUUGGAUGCUGGAUCUGGUCAUGAUACGUGUGGAGAAACAUCAUCUGAAAGUUACAGCUCUCCCUCUAGUCCACAACAUGAUGGGCGGGAAAGCUUUGAUAGUGAAGAAGAAAAAGACAGAGAUACAGACAGCAAUUCUGAAGACUCUGGGAAUCAAAAUACAACCAGGUUUUCAGGCUACAGUGCUGUCAGUUCGUCAAAUAUGAACAAAUCAUCUGCUCAGAUCUCUUCAGUGAAUAAUGAAAAUGGGAGCCUUUCAGAAGAUCCUUUGAAUGCAAAGUUUCAGCAUAUUUCCUUUAUGCCUGCCUUACACUGUGUGAUGCACAGCGCUGCCCAAAAGCCUGAAGCAGUUGUCCCACCACCCAUAUCUGCAGAUGGUAAAACCAUGGGAAUGCUGGUUACCACACCUGUCGCUGUCUCGCCAGUGAGAGAGUCUGCGAAUUCCCCUCCUGCGGGAAUGGGCCCAGUGACCUCUGGUGAACCUGAGAAACGCCUUGAGCUCAUGGCUUCCCCUUUGCCAGUCCCAUCCUCUUUCCUUCCACAUUCUGUCCAGCCUGGUAGCCCUGCUUUGCAUUUGGCAAUACAUAGGUUGAAAAUCCCCUCUCCGCAGGGAUCAUCAGAAAGUUGCACAGUUAAUGGACCACAGCAGCCAACAGGAAACUUAAGUAUUGGAUCACCAAAUACUGCCUUUAUCCCAGUCCACAAUCCAGGUAGUUUCCCAGGAUCCCCAGUUCCUACUACAGAUCCCAUCACGAAACCUGCAUCCCAGGUGGUAGGACUGAAUCAAAUGGUGCCUCACAUUGAGGGAAACCCAGGAGCAAUCCCUCAGCCUACCAAUCUCAAGGUAGUUCUUCCAGCAGCUGGUCUCUCCACAGCAGCACCGCCACCUCCACCAGCUUCGUACGCUUUGCCAGGCAGCCCUCACGCUACCAGUGUGUUGCCCAACCAGAAUACAAACGUGCUGAGCACUGGAGCAACUUCCUCACCACCUCAGUCCGCUGGCCUCGGUGUUGGUCAGGUCCAGUCCACUGUUCCUCCUGCAAUCCCGACACACACGCCAGGCCCUGCCCCCAGCCCGAGUCCCGCUCUAACACACAGCACUGCACAGAGUGACAGCACAUCCUACAUAAAUGCUGUUGGGAAUAAUAACACUAAUGGGACAAUGUUACCUCCGCAGCAGUUGGGAACUGGCCCUUGCGGUUCUUGUGGACGUAGGUGUAGCUGUGGGACCAAUGGCAGCCUUCAGAUUAAUAGCUAUUUUUAUCAUAACCCACUUCAUGGACAAGUCUACAGAGUUCCAUCUUUCUUCACUCUGCCAUCACUUUGCAAUGGCAGCUACCUCAAUCAAGCACAUCAAAGCAAUGGAACACAACUUCCGUUCUUCCUGCCUCAGUCUCCGUAUGCAAACGGGCUUAUGCAUGACCCAGUGAUGGGAAGCCAAGCCAACUAUGGUAUGCAGCAGAUGGCAGGAUUUGGGAGGUUCUAUCCUGUAUAUCCAGCACCUAACGUAGUUGCCAACACAAAUGGGUCAGGACCCAAGAAGAAUGGGAACGUUUCAUGUUACAAUUGUGGUGUAAGUGGACACUAUGCGCAGGACUGUAAGCAGUCAUCCAUGGAGGCCAGUCAACAAGGCACUUACAGACUGAGAUACGCACCUCCCCCUCCCCCUUCCAAUGAUACCUUGGAUUCUGCAGACUGAAACAAGUAAACAUUGCCUACUUAAACUGAAGCUUGGGAAGCUGGGGGAAGGUGUGUGUGGGAGGGGGAGGUUGGUCUUGUGUUUUGGGACAUUCCCGGUUUUAUAUUCUUUUGGAAUUUUCAAUUGCUUUUGCACCUCUGUUCCGUACAAAAGAAGAAAGCUGAGUCCCUGGUCUCCUCCUGGUUCUACAAGAGGCUUGCGUAAUGCAUGUAAUUCACACACACAGCCAAACAAUCAGACAGAGCAUUUGAACCAUGCUUUUGCACUGAAGACUUGAGACAUGUGCAAUGUUUACUGCAGUU